AUGUUGAUUAAAGUAAAGACUUUGACUGGUAAAGAGAUUGAAAUCGAUAUCGACCCAACUGACAAGAUUCAACGUAUUAAAGAGAGAGUUGAAGAGAAAGAAGGUAUCCCACCAUCACAACAAAGACUUAUUUUCGGUGGUAAACAAAUGGGAGAUGAAAAGACUGCUAAAGAUUACUCAAUUGAAGGUGGUUCAGUACUUCAUUUGGUUUUAGCUCUUCGUGGAGGUUUUUAA